GGUUGUGAAAUUUUGACCAGCUUUGUCAGGACACCUGCGCCAUUUUGACCUAAGGGUAAUUGCGGUAAACAGAAUGACAUCAACAUCACAACAGAAUCAAGGAUUUGUGUUGUUGCUAUGGAUAUAUCUACUGCUGGACACGCUUCUGGUAACCAAUGGUUACAGUUACAUCGAAUUUUAUGGUAGUGACGUCAUACAAAGGAACGUGAACGGGUUCCAGAAAAAGACAUAUAUCGACCUUGCAACUCCCCUUCCCUCGGGUUCGAUCAGCCAAUUCCACACCUUUGCCGCCAGCGUCAACAAUGGGGCGAGUGACGUCAUACAUUUCGGGAUCUGGGAGAAAGUCACAUCUGUGCAGUUUCGACUCCUUUAUAGCCAUCGAUUUACCUUAGCCGGCGGAACACAGAAUAUUACGAUCGUUCCGGACUACUUUUACGUGCCACAGGGGUCUUACAUGGGUUUAACAUUUGACCAGUUCCCUGGGGGUAUCCUGUUUGACUACACGAAUCCCUUUUCUGGAAAUAAGUUCGGGUUUUCGGCCACCCAUGUCACCUCACCAACUGUAAACAGUCUUGUGGACUUGAUAUUUACCAGUUUCUCCAUCAUCCCGUCCGUCAAGGUGGAGAUCGACAUACGAAUCCCCGGGAGGACGGGCAUGACCGGUGUGACGGGCAAAGUUGGGGCUACAGGUCCUCAGGGAGUCCAAGGUAUGGUGGGACCGAUAGGAGUGACCGGACCCAGAGGACCAUUGCCAACAGAUGUGGACGAGUGUGCCGCUAACACAUAUUCUUGUCCGGCCAAUUCUACCUGCCGUAACACUUUCGGAGGGUAUGUUUGUGACUGUAAUGAGGGCUAUCGACUACAACGGGACGGAAGUUGUAGAGAUUAUGACGAGUGUUUGGAGAGUAAUGGGUUCUGUGAACAUAACUGUACCGAUACUGACGGAGGGAUGAUGUGUUCGUGCUGGGAUGGCUACCAGCUCGCAGACGACCUCCAUUCCUGUUUAGACAUUGACGAAUGUCUCAACAUCUCGGCCUGUGUUCGAGGGACGUGCUUCAACUCUCCCGGAUCGUACCAGUGUAAUGAGCUCACAUUAGGACUAAUUUCUCCACUUUAUGGCGUGGACUAUACUGGUAAUAUCAGACCCGGAAACACCACUCCGGACACUCAGAAAACGAAGGCUCUCAACUCUGAAGCCGUCCUGGUUAUGUGGAUGACCCUCAUAUCAUUUGCAGUCGUCAUCUUGAUUCUGAUCAACAUCAAAACAUUUGUAAAGAAUCGACGUCUUCGAAGGUAUAACCGGGACAUUACGACACAGACAGGAAGAACAGCGCAUACCGGAAGUAAAUCAAAAUAACACUACUGAAGGACAAAAUGUUACGGAAACAGGUGAACCUGGUCCUGUAUCCUGUGGUCCCGGAUAUUCUUAUUGAAUACUAUUCCUUUGGAUAACAAUAUCUGGAUGGCAGUAAGAAAGAAAGAAUUAAUAAGCCCACCGGAAACAAAUCAAUGUAUGGGAAACAGAUCGGUGUAAGUUGAGAGUAGGUCUUGGUAUACCGGAAGUACACUGACCAACUGGUCCUGAAGCAGGUACUCUGUGUACCUAAAGUAGACUAUACAGUGAAAGAAAGUUGACAUUGGUAUCAAAUACAAAAUAUGACAUUUUAGACUGUUGGAACAUUCCUUUCUCCUGAUAACAAGGACAUGUUCGACAUUCAUAGACUCGUAGACCCGUGUAAGAAAAAAAAUGAAAGAAAAAAAUCAGAGUUAUAUUUACUUAAAAAGGGUUAUUUAAUGGAAUGUCAUAACUUUGAAAAUGCAUAAUAUAUCUGUACUUUUGAUAGUUCUGUGACAAUGAUAUACAUAAAUGAUAAGUGCUUAUAAAAUUACGUAAAUACAAUACUUAA